UUUCAAAUCUGCCGUCAUCUUUCUUUCAUAACUUCCAUCUUCUCUUUAUUCUCCAUAAUGGUUUUCGGUAUUUUCUCUCGCAAGGUCCAGCCAGACAACCAGUUGAAAUCUAAUCCAACUCAAUUACGAACACCAUCUCCUUCUGUCGAAUCUUCAUCUGUUGGAAUGGCCCGACUGAAUGCUUCCCCUACUGCGUCACUGCAAGAACCUCCUGCGUCCCCUUCACCACCGCUCGAAGGCGACGCCGCCGCCGAUCUGGGUUUUAUCACUGAUCCUGCCGCCCUUCAUAGUCUCGUAUCUUCCGUCCCGCCCAAGAUAUUCCACGAAUACACACUCACGCAUCUCAUACCGCCCACACGAUCACCUGCUUCGCCUUCGCAUGUGCCCAUACACCCCCCUUCGUCGCGUACACUGACGCAUUUGACGUCUUUCUUCUCGACUCUGACUCCACCACCGCGGCUCCAUUGCGUUCGGUGCCACAAGUUCUACUUUGAUGUCGAGAAUACCGACCGUAGUUGCGUGGUGCACCAUGAUGAUGAAAGCGCGGAGGUGUCAAGGGUAGGCGCGGCCAAAACUAAAGGAACGGAGUACGAGACUCUUUGGGCAUGCUGUGGAAAGACUGUCGAGGGCGAUGGGGACAUGGGACCACCAGAUGGGUGGUGUUACGAAGGAAAGCAUACGACGGAUCUAAGACGCGCUAGAUUUCGCGCGGAUUCAUCCAUUCACGACGAUAAACUCACGUCGUGCGAUCAUCUUCGCUGCCACGAACCACCUCUACCUCCAUCAGAUACCUCGUCUCCCUCUCCAUCUCCCCGUGCUCGCAAAAGGUCCACACGAAAGCGCGCCCGACCUGCCGAUGAUGAUGGCGAGGGUGGUGAAGUUGACCAGCCCAUAGCUGAUGAUGCUCAGAGCGUUGUGAGCUCAAAGGGAAAAGAGAAGCAAAAGGCCCCGCCCUCGAAACCUCGGAAGAAGCGCGCGAAGACGUCCAAUGACGACAAGGCGUUCAAGCCUGAACCUGUUUCCGACUACGACGAUAUGGAUGUUGACGAGACGGCGUCGACUUCAUCGAAGUAUCGCAAGGCGAAGCCCAAGCCCAAGCCUAAGCCUGCUACCACGCGGGUGCUUUUUCCGACGGCUAGGACACCCAGCCCUACACGACCACCAGCCUUUGCUGUUCCCGCAUCUCCUAUAUUGCGAAAGUCUCUUUCUCCAUCACGUUCAGUGGUUUCCGUUGUUGUCAGUGCGGCUCCCCGGUCACUGAAGGAGCCGAUGAAGAGCCGGGGCAGACCCAAUAAACCGUUGACGGACGUGGUCUCAACGAGUGUCAGUGGCGAAGAAUGAUUUUUUUCUGCUCCAUUUUGUAUCGUCAUUUAUGCGUAUAUCCCCUCUUACUUUACAUCUUACGCUCAUUAUUUCCCAUCCCCGGGCCUCGUUGCAUCCAUGUACAUACGAGUCAAUCAUUGCAUGUCUCCAUAGGUGCCGCCAUACAUAUUCCACUAUUUACCCUACUGUCUAUUGUAUUGUUUUAUGAUCUUCCCUUGUACCAAUUACAUGCUUUUUUGCC